GGAGACUGCCAACCAUGCGCUGCCCAUCUUUCCAGGGAGAUGCGCAUCUGUUACGCUGUGGAUCUCAUCCCGUCGGAACAGUAGCUGCCAAGGCAGAGGUCGCCAGUUUGUGGGACUUGCUUUGGUAGUGUGGCACGUGCGUUGCAUGCGGGGGUGUUCGUCGGGCCUGCUCCCCCAUUCGCGCCAAUUCUUCCCGCGGCGUUCGCAGCGUGCUGUUGCGAAGGAGGUAGCGCACACCGGGUGAUAUCAGCUCCUUCACGAUGUUGUUCGACAGACUUUGGUGAGGCCAUGCGUGGAUUGAUUGGCCUGGCCACGACGGCAGGGUGCAAUGGCUGCCAGGCAAUCGGGAGGGUGUCUGGUGAAGUAUGGUUUCCUGGGUGACGCGCGCCAUUGUGCGUCAUGUGCAGCGCGAAGUAUGGCGAAUGCCAUGUCAGCCGUUGCCCACUUCACUUUCGCCCCUGUUUCCCGCCCGUAUUUCGGCCGGUCAGUAUCUCCCAGGGGGGGGCGAUGUCGACGGGGCGCUGGAGGGCGACGUCGCGCUGCGAGCGGAGGCGCUGGCUGGUCAGAGGCUGGUCGAGUGGGCUGGCUGGGAGAUGUUCGGCGCCAGCCUCGAGGCCAUAGUCAAGGGCACCCAGGACCCCGCCUUCGAGCCCCGCUCCAUCCAGGCCGCCGUCGCCUCGUGCGCGCACGGGGCCGUGCGCUCCGGCAUCGUGCGCCAGGCCGAGGUCCUGGACAGGCUCUCCAGCUCCCUGUCGCCCUCGUCGCUGCCGGAGGACACGGCCCCGGCGCUCCGCAGCGCCAUCGCCCGCAGGGCCAGGCUGGCCCUCGCGUGCCUAACCGACUGCAUCGCGCACAAGGGCCUCGGCCCGCAGGCUGGUCCCGACGCGAUGGGCCUGGUCGGGCAGCUGCCGAGGAGACUCUUCGGGGCCAUCUUCGACAACGUCGACGACAGGGACCGCGGCGCCUGCGCCUUCCUCGGCGAGAUCCUGCAGAGCUGGGACCGGCGGAAGAGCUUCUCCAAAAAGUGGUUGCAGGAGGCCGCCUCCAAGUUCUCGAUGCCCAAGGGCGCCAACCCUGAGCGAGACGAGGGCCGCGGCUGGUAUGCCCUCACGGCCGAGAACAUUGAGAAGCAGAAGCUGGAGCCAGUUAUGCCGAAGGUCGCAGCCGCUCCCGCUGCGGAAGCGGCCGUCGUGGCGGCGGCGCCACCGCCUGCGCGCGCGGAGGCGGCGGCGGCCGCCGCAGAGGCGGCAGUUCCGCGGAAGGACAGCAAACCUGCCAAGAUCUCGGCCGAGCCGCUGGACGAGCAGGGCGCCGCUGCAUCCGCCGACGCGCCGGCUGACGCUGGGGCGCCGAAGAAGAAACGCGGCAUCAUGCAGGAUGAGGAGGACGACGAGACCGUAGCGAAGCACCUGGAGGAGAGCCGCAAGCGGCGGGCGGCAAUGCUGGCGAAGCACACGAAGGACUGAGGCUCCCGGGUGGGCGUGGCGCAAGCGACGUUCUGCCACGGGGAAGCCGGGACGUGCCAGCCAGGGUUGUCUUCCUGGUGCUCGGGUGAGUUGGAAUGGGGAG